GGUUCACAUAAUUUUUGCGUCACCAUUUUUAUUGAGCUCUGAUAAUAGUUUUUUUUGUCUCUGUAAAUCUGUGUUCUGUUCGGUGUGAAGAUCAAUGGCUCCCAAGGCUGAGAAGAAGCCCGUUGCUGUGAAGAAGCCUUUGGUGGAGAAAUCCCCCAUUGCUGAGAAGAAGCUCAGGAAAGCUGAAAAGAAGCUGCCUAAGGAUAUGGGAGAAAAGAAGAGCAAGAAGAAGCAUAAAAACAUCGAGACCUACAAGAUUUACAUCUUCAAGGUUUUGAAGCAGGUUCAUCCAGACAUCGGCAUCUCCAGCAAGGCCAUGGGAAUUAUGAACAGCUUUAUCAAUGACAUCUUUGAGAAAUUGGCCAGUGAAGCCGCCAGGCUGGCGCGCUACAACAAGAAGCCGACCAUCACGUCGCGGGAGAUUCAGACGGCCGUGAAGCUUGCACUUCCGGGGGAGCUUGCCAAGCAUGCUGUGUCUGAGGGAACUAAGGCCGUGACGAAAUUUACCAGUGCUUAAGGUCUGCACAGCGGAAAGUUCAGACGGUGCUUCUUAGCAUAAUUUGUCUCAUAGAGUUUGUAGUUUGUGCUUUUGUUCAAUUAGACCUAGGAUUUUAGCUCGUAAAUGACAGACCGAAACCCUUUGGAAGGCUCUGAUAUUUUUUGGAUCGUAUAUUUUGGUUCAUGUAAAUUCAUUCUCUGUUAGCGACAAUAUCAAAAUCUCAUGUUCGCCGUA